UUUCUUGGCAGUUGGUCAGCGGUUUAAACUGCUCACAGCUAGCCAGCUCUUUCCUUACUGCCACCGUUAAGUCCCACCCUCACCAAGUGCGUGGACGUUGGAGCUGCAGCGGCGAAGUCGAGCUUUUUUUUUUUUUUUUUCCCUCCCCCCUGAACUUAGCCAGCAUCCUCGUACACCUGGCUGGCAGCGAAAAAUAGCCAGCCGUUGGUCAGUGAAGUUGGGUGACGGCUAACGGAAAACUGCUGGCUUAACGUUCAACGACUGUGUUUUCGUUAAAGGGAUACAAACGCUCCACUGGCAGGGAGACGCUGGCUAAAAAGAAGAGGCGAAAUAAGAACGAACGAGGAAGACACCGACAAGGAGGCGACUGGCUAGUUUAGCCGGGGAGACACGUGUAUAAAGGUUACCAACAAGCCGCACACAGCCAUGAGUUUUCAGAUACCAGUGGGAUUGACAGAAUUGCUCCAGGGCUACACUGUGGAGGUGCUGCGACAAAGGCCGUCAGAUCUGGUGGAUUUUGCAGUACAGUAUUUCACCCGUUUGCGAGACUCCAGAAGUCAAGAUGGGUCCAGCACGGAUGUCAAGCCAGGAAAGGGAGUGAUGUUUGACGGGGAGCCGAUGCAAACAGAAUCUAACGGAGAAGAUGAUGAAGAUGACGAUUCUGACUUUGAACCUCCUCCACCCAGCAGAUUCAACAGGAGAGUGUCAGUGUGUGCAGAGGCAAUCAAUCCAGACGAGGAUGACGAAGACACUGAGCCCAGAGUGGUUCACCCAAAAACAGAUGAACAGCGCUGCCGACUGCAGGAGGCCUGCCGAGACAUCCUUCUAUUUAAAACACUAGAUCAGGAGCAGUUCUCACAGGUGCUGGACGCCAUGUUUGAGUUAAAGGUUCAGCCCCUAGACCAUGUCAUCGACCAGGGACACGAUGGAGACAAUUUUUAUGUCAUAGAGAGGGGUGUAUUUGACAUUGUGGUAUCAGGAAAAUGUGUGGGUCAGUAUAACAACAAGGGCAGCUUUGGGGAGCUGGCGCUCAUGUACAACACGUCACGUGCUGCUACGAUCAUAGCUACAGAGGAGGGAGCACUAUGGGGCCUGGACCGUGCCACAUUUCGUAGACUCAUUGUAAAGAACAAUGCAAAGAAGAGGAGGAUGUACGAGUGUUUCAUUGAAUCUGUGCCAUUACUCAAGUCUCUGGAGGCAACAGAAAGGAUGAAAUUAGUGGAUGUAUUAGGGGCAAAGCAGUUCUCAGAUGGCGAGCGCAUCAUCACACAGGGAGACAAGGCUGACUGCUUCUACAUCGUAGAAUCUGGAGAGGUCAAGAUCAUGAUGAAGAGUAAAACAAAGGCAGACCAUGCAGACAAUGCAGAGGUGGAGAUCACGCGCUGUAGCAGGGGUCAGUACUUUGGGGAGCUGGCCUUGGUCACUAACAAGCCCCGGGCCGCCUCAGCCUACGCAGUGGGAGAUGUGAAGUGUUUGGUAAUAGACGUGCAGGCUUUUGAGCGCCUCCUGGGCUCCUGUAAAGAAAUCAUGAAGAGGAACAUCGCCCACUAUGAGGAGCAGCUGGUGGCUCUGUUCGGCUCUAGCAUGGACCUGAGAGACUGAGCCUCCCACACCAUCCUCUGUGCCUUCUUUUACACACACACACACACAUACACUGACACACACAAACAUAUGUCCACUCCAACAUCAUAAAGUGAUAAUAUGGACUAAUAAACUUUACAUAUGGUGCAUAAGCAUGGGAUAGUGUACUUGUCUCGCCUGCAGGUACAUAAAGCCACACAGUUUGAAAACACUUGCCCUCUCUCAUAAGUGUAUACACACACAUACAUGCAUGCAAAUACAUACAAGUGGUAGGCACUGAGAUAUACACUCCAAAAAGUCUGCUUAACCCUUGAGCAGACACUAGCUCUACUGAUUCUUGAAGAAACUGACUUUGGUUAGGUGCACACACACAUAGCCUAAGCUAAAGGCCACCCAACUCGUUGCUUGAACCAGCACCUCUCAGUAUGAAUGUCUUUGCUGCAGGAAAAGCAGUGUAAGGACAUGAAGCACACACACCAUAUACACUCAAAAUCACAUCAUUAUGCUCCAUGCGUGCAGGCUUUCCAUUCACAUGAGCGCUUGAACAACUGCGAGUUGUUCCAAGCCUCAGCCAAGGACACAUCAACAUGCAGGUGCACAUACACUGGGUUACAAUACAGAUGCUCAAAAUACACACACACACACA